AUGAGUCCUUCCAGUAUUCAGUUGCAUGAAAGUCCUUCCAUUACAGCAACAAGCUCUAUGCAGCAUACAGAUACAAUUAUGAAAUAUGAAGAACAUGAGAAAAAAUUUCAAAAACGGAAAUAUCAAAGUAAGGAGGCUAUGUUUCAAGUGUUAGCAGAGUCGUUCCAAAAGAAAGGUUAUAUAAAUGCUACCAAAAAUCAUAUGAAAAAUAAAUUUAAAUUAUUGAAGAAGAAAUGGGAUAUACAUAUUAAACGGACCACUGGAAAAAACAGCUCUGGAAAAGGCACAAAACCUCUUCCAUAUGAAGAAGAAAUGAUAAAAAUAUUUGGAAAAAGUCAUAGUGGAGUGCCACUUAUUGUGGCUAGCCGUAAUGGAAUUAUUUCUCAAAAAGAAAUUUUGCAAAACGUCUGUCAAAAUUUGUCUGAAAAUGAGAAUGAAGAGAAAUAAGAGCAGAUUUCUUCUGUACUACAUUCACCGAAUCUCGUAACUUUCCGACAUUAUCGACUAAUAGCAGCAGAUCAUCAAUGACGGGUAGCAGCUGCUCCUCUUUAA